AUGGCAGCUUUGCUAGGGAAUGCCCUUCUACUGGGGCUGGUGGUUGCUGACAAGGCACCCUGGGCACCCAUGUACCAGCUGCUGUGGCUUCUGGCAGCUGAUGAUUUGGUUCUGGCCACAUCCACAGUGCCAAAGCUCUCACGGUACUUUGGAGUUUGUCCACAUGUGGUAGGUCUAGUAGCUCUGGCUACCAUGACCCGUGAUGUCUGUGUCAUGGUACACCCUGUGAUCCUGCUAGAGAAACUGCCUUACUGUGGGCAGUGGGCCCUGCCCCACACCUACUGUGAACACAUGGGUGUGUCUCGCCUGGCAUGUGGAGAUACCUGCCCCAUCAUCUGGUAUGGACUGGUCCCCACACUGCUCUCCCCAGCCCUGGCUCUGAGUAACUGUGGGGCCCAUGGUAGUGUCAUUGGUCUCUUCUACACAUCUGCCCUCUUCUCCUUACUUGCUCACUGUUUUGGGUCUCACACAGUGCCCAGCCAUAUUCACACAAUGGCUAACCUCUACGCAAUGGUGUCCCUGGCUCUCAAUCCUGUGGUCUAUGGAGUGCAGACUCAGCAGAUCACUCAGAGGCUCAGGCACUUGCUUCAACUUUUCUGGGCAGGAGCAGUGAAGAAGGGCUUUGAAGAAAAAUUAGCUUCCAGCAAUGUGAACUGCAGCCAGAUCCAGCCAGUGCAUGAGGUCAGUGAGUAUGCACACACCAUUGAAGAUAAAGACAAUGAGGUUCUGGAAAUGAGUCACAUGCCGGAGUCCUGGAAUCCCAGUGCCCUUGCUUCUCCCUAUAAGGACCCAGCCUUCAACCUGCUGCGCCUGGAACUGGAGGGAGCACAGAAGUUGGUGACUCAACUUACAGCCAUUGGAGGCAUUAUUGUGGUGACUAACGCCAGUCUCACACUCAAGCUUUUGUCUGACUCUGACCAGAGCAGCUUUGGUGCUCUCCAGCAGGAGGUGGAUGUCCUUGAGAGUCAACUAAGUGAAUGUGAGAGACAAAAGGAGAAAGAACAGGCCUCCAGACACCUGGACCACCCCUCCCCCUGGCUUCUUGUGCCCAUGGAGGCCUCCAGGAAGUUAGCAAACCCCUUGUGGUUCAGCUCAAUUGGAGAGGCUUCUCAUACAAGGCAGUUAUUGCGGUCACCCAAUAAUUCCAAAUGCAGGGCUUGGCCUAGGUACUUUGACUACUAUCGGCUGUACAAAUCCUAUAAUGACCUUGUGCUGCUGAAAAACUAUGGAGAGAGGAAGAUGGGCUAUGGUGAUGGCAGUGGAAACGUUGUGUAUAAGAACUUUAUGUACUUUAACUACUAUGGCACAAGCAACAUGACCAAGAUGGACCUUUCCUCCAACAUCCUGGUGCUGUGGCAUCUGCUGCCUGGUGCCACCUAUAACAAUCACUUUUCCUGUGCUGGUGUGCCCUGGAAGGACUUAGAUUUUGUUGGUGAUAAGAAGGGGCUGUGGGUUCUUUAUGCCACUGAGGAGAGCAAGGGCAACCUGGUUGUGAGUCGUCUCAACACUAGCACCCUAGAAGUGGAGGAAACCUGGUGCACUAGCCAGUACAAGCCAGCCCUGUCAGGGGCCUUCAUGGUCUGUGGGGUGCUCUAUGCCUUACGCUCACUGAGCACCCACAAAAAGGAGAUCUUCUAUGCUUUUGACACCACCACCGGGCAGGAGCGUCGCCUCAGCAUCCUGUUGGACAAGAUGCUGGAAAAGCUGCAGGGCAUCAACUACUGCCCCUCAGACCACAAGCUCUAUGUCUUCAAUGAUGGUUACCUGAUAAAUUAUGAUUUCACCUUCCUGAAGAGAAGGCUACCAAGAUCACCCACCAAGAGGCCCUCUGGGGUUCAUGCUCCACCAAAACCUGUCAAACCUAACAAGGCUUCCAGACCCUGA